AUGGCAACAGGAGUUAGCCACGAUCUCACUACUCAAUCAUCUCCAGAAAAGCUCUUACGUAUUGGCACAGGCUGCUGUGGAAGUGUCUGGGCUGACGCAGACUCGUCAAAAGACAACGGCACUCCCUCCUGCAUCAAAAGAGAAGACGGAGACCCGCACAGAUCCAUUACAAACGAACACUUCGUACAUCAGCUUGUUGUUCAAUCUCUUCAACUAAAUCCACAACAUGCAAGAAACUUCCGAAUACCUCUCUGCCGUGGAUUUCUGAAGAAGGAUGAUGAGGGCUGGUCUCUGGUCCUCCCCCGACUUCCACCAGGUUCAAAACCUCGUAACGCAUUGCUCAGCGAAAAGGUUCAGCCACUCUCGGAAGACGUUAGAAAGCUGUUGGUCUCCGAGUUUUCAAGAGGAGGAAGUGGCCAGGAUGCUAUAAUCAACGACAAAAAGAACGAGCACUGCCUCAUCCGCCCAUACCUUGGUCGCCCUAAGAAGGAUUGGGGAGAUACGAACCGCAGCACUUUCUUCAGUCUAAGGAACCUCCCACUUCAUCUAGACCGAAUGAUAGAGCUUGGUCUCGAUGUGCAAAGCUACGCGAAGGUCAUGGCUGAAGGCCUCGCAUUUCUUCAUUGGGUUGCACGCAUUGAUGCCAACGACGUCGAAUUCGUUCUUGCUCGUUCGCGCUCGACUUCACACUCACACCCAAACAGCCCAUUCGACAUAACUAUCUUUGGGACGCAUUCGAUGUGGAUUAUAGACUUUGAUUGCUGCAAUCCUGUCACAAUGGAUGAAAAUGGUGCUGCAACCGCUGCUGAGUGUUUUUGUCGAAACGAUCCAUAUUAUCCUCGACCUGGGUUUACGGACACUUCUGAUCAGGAGCUUUGGUGUGCUUUCAAGGACCACUAUCUAGAGGUGAGCGGGGAAAUAUUGAAGAAAGAGGAGCAGUCUGUGAAGAAUCUUCCUAAGUUAUUGAUCGGUAUUAUCGAGGAGGGGCCAAAGUUCACGAAGGAAAAUAGCUAG